AUGUCGUCGGCAGAGCACCCACAAUACUCGCCCUUCUUUGCGGUGAUGGGAGCCUCCGCGGCGAUGGUGUUCAGCGCCUUGGGAGCCGCCUAUGGAACGGCCAAGAGUGGGACGGGUAUCGCAGCCAUGUCUGUGAUGAGGCCAGAGCUCAUCAUGAAGUCCAUCAUCCCCGUGGUCAUGGCGGGUAUCAUCGCCAUCUACGGCCUGGUGGUAGCGGUGCUGAUCGCCAACAACAUUUCAGAAAAUCUCAGCCUCUACAAGUAA